GCAGCAGCAAUCUUUGCCUGGUUCGGACGACGCAGCUGCAGCAAACAUGCAUUUCGUCGGUCUCUUCGUUACGGCCUCGAUGGCCCUCACUGCUGCCGCCGUGCCUGUUCCAGCCUCUACAAACCCAGCACCCCCGUGUGCAUCCACUACCAUCAAGCAGGGCCAGUCCACUGCCUUUGGAUGGCAAUUGGUCGGCACCUCCUCCGACGCCUCAUCACUUGACGAAACUUGCGGCAAGAUCGCGAACGAUCAAGCAUCGAAAUGGGGAGAAAUCGGUCUCUCCCUCGAACGACUCCAGACCCCAGUCUGCAACGCCAUCAACCCCAAAGCCUCCGAUGCUCUUCCACGAGUCAUAACAGCAAACACCGAUACCGUCAAGACUCUCUUCGAGAACGCCUUCUCUGCAGGCGAUUCCGAAACAUACGGCUACCUCUGCGAAAACCUCCGCUACGAACAAGUCUCCGGCUUCUCUCUCAACGACAUGCUCAUCAUCAACGCAACCUGCAACCUCUCAACCCAAGAACUCUCUCCCAAACCUUUCGAAAGCGCCGACGGAGCCGAACCUGACAAAGCCGCCGUCGCAGCAUACAACGAUGCGCAAUCCAAACUCUACGCAUACCUCUACGCCGCUCAAGCCAGUUCUCCCGAGCAACUCAGCGACCUCUGUCAAGCAUCCAAAUCCAAGAAGAAUAGACAAAAUUAUAGAGAUCUUUUCUUCGAUGCCGAUUGUGUGAGCCAGACGAUUUGCUCGAUUCGGGAACCUCUUUCUGUUGAAGAUGGGAAGGAGCAGAUCAAGAAGUAUACGAGUAUGAGUUUCGCAAAUGUCCUGGUGCAUUCGAGCAAUGCGAAGGGAUAUAAGCAGAAGCUGUGCGAGAAAUUGGAUGUGCAGAGGCUGGAAGCUGCGGGAGUCGAUGGGGAGUUGGUCAGGAAUAUGGCUUGCGAUGCUUGA